AUGAAUAGACCAGUUCCAGCUGACUUAGAGUUUGCAAAGGAGACAAUGGCAGAACAAGCAAGUGACACCAUCAAUCAAGGGCUUCGUGUUAAAACAACGUUCAAACUUGCGUUGGAAACGUAUGCUGUCAAUUCAUGCAAGGGUGAUACAGUCUCUGAGGAAUUGGUUUCCGUGAAAGAGGAAAGCUUGAGCAUUUUGCAGGAAUUCAUCACCAAACAUAACGUUCCUAAUGAUGUUCCUGAUGAACUAGCUGAGAGCUCUUCAGAAGAUGCUGGCGAAGUCCUCGAGAAGCCUCAAGUUAAAUUGAAGAAAUCAAAACUUACUUGA